CAUUACGUAGUAGCUGUCAGUCAGUGCGUGCUCGCCCUGGCAGCUGGUAGGCUAUAGCCGUGAUGGCGGCCUAUCUGAGUCACCAGCAGAAGGUGUUGCGCUUAUACAAGAAGUCACUGCGGCAUUUGGAGUCUUGGUGCGUUUUCAGAGACCAGUAUCGUUAUCAUGCUUGCCUCCUGCGAGCGCGUUUUGAGGAUUAUAAAAAUGAGAAGGAUAUAGUUAAAGCUACGCAACUGCUGAAGGCGGGUGAGGAGGAAUUCUUUGCGCAUCAGCACACUCAGCCCUAUAUAUUCCCUGAUUCUCCUGGUGGAACAUCCUAUGAAAGAUAUGACUGCUACAAGGUGCCAGAGUGGUGCUUGGAUCACUGGCAUCCUUCAGAAAAGGCGGUGUACCCGGACUAUUUCUCCAAGAGGGAGCAGUGGAAGAAACUGCGCCAGGAGAGCUGGGAACGAGAGGUGAGGCAGCUGCAAGAGGAGUCUCCCCCUGGUGGCCCCAGGACUGAAGCACUUCCACCAGCAAGGAAGCAGGGUGAUCUGCCACCUCUGUGGUGGGAUUAUGUUACUAGACCCCGUGAGCGUCCCACAUAAGAGUUUUGCCUGGAUGCUAAUUGAUUAUCUGAAUCACAUUUACUUCUGUCCAAUGUCAGAAAACUUCAAGAUAUUAAAUGGCUACAAAAAAAAACUUGCAAUUAUUUCACUGAUCUCUAUGGCUUUAUCACAAUCGUCAUAUUGAUUAAACUAUGCUAGCAAAUUAGCUGAUCAUGAAUGUACAAAAAAAUGCCAUACGCUAAUUUUAAUUCUUCUUUGGAAGCUUUAUUAUGCUGGUUUGUUAGGGAUACUGAACCCACAUUUUUUUCUUUUGUGAUUCAGAUAGAGCAUGCAAUUUUUAAACAACUGGCUAAUUUACUCCUAUUAUCAAAUUUUCUUCAUUCUCUUGGUAUCUUUAUUUGAAAAUCAAGAAUGUAAGUUUAGGUGCUGGCCCAUUUUUGGUGAACAACCUGGGUUGUUCUUGCUGAUUGGUGGAUAAAUUCACCCACCAAUAAACAAGUGUUGUCCAGAGUCCUUAACUUAGAUUCCUUUUUCAAAUAAAGAUAGCAAGAGAAUGAAGGAAAAAUUGAUAAUGGGAGUAACAAAAUUGUAUGUUCUAUCUGAAUCAUUAAAGAAAAUUUUUUUUGGGUUUUAUGGCCCUUUAAAUAUUGAUUUGGUAAACUGGGAUAUUUAUUUUUCCAUAGGUGUUGCUAUAUGCACUCAAGUAAAAAUUCCCCCAUCUCUGGCAAUGUAAUUUCUCAGCCCUCAUGUCUACAAAGGGAGCCUUAGCUAUCUAGCGCCUCAUCUUUUAGAAGAGGAAACUGCUGGUCACUUCAUGCUAUUCAAUUCUUCAAGUGCAGGUUUGUAUUUAAGCCUCCUAUGUUAGGUUAAAGGGUCGGUAAACAUAUUUUUUUUGUUUUGCUUUAAAAUAAUAUACCAGUCUAAGCAUAUAAUAUCUUGUUUGCUGUAAUUGUUUUUCAAUAGCCAAACUUCACACACCACUAGUCUUAUUUAGUGGAGUCAAUCAGUGCUUGAUAGCAAAGGUCAUUGUUACAAUAAAGUAUGUUUAUUUGCGUCGGU